UGUCAAAGCCCCCCUCAUAUUCGAGUCGACCACGAAGCAGCGUGUAUGUAUGUGCGAGUAUUAUCCGACAGAAAAUGUGUUUUUUUUCACAUGAAUUGAACUAUUUGAGUGAAUAAACAAAUCGAAAAUGUGUUGUACAUAGUGUGUGGAUACAAGUAUUUCUGUGAUAAGUGCAUUGGAAGUGUUCUCUGUGCCCCAUGUGGGAAGUUAAACUAAAAUGUGGAUUACUAACAGUACCAAGGAUUAUUAUUUUUGGAUUAUAGCCCUUACGACGAUUCUACUUUCCUUAGUGCAUCAUACAACAGGAUUUGUUUCGUGCUCGCCAAGUCCUUGCAAAAAUGGCGGCACGUGCUUUUCAUCGCCAAAGGACGACAGGUUUUGCAAUUGUACGUCAAAAUACGUAGGAGAAUACUGCCAAUACCCGAAUCCUUGCCACACUUCACGAGGACCUCGAUGCCAAAACGGCGGUUCGUGUCAAGUACGCGUUUCGCCCGGGGAGGCCCCCAGUUUUUCGUGUUCGUGUCCGCUCGGUUUUAUGGCCUCGUUGUGCGAAAUAAGAAUCGCGAACUCCUGUGAUGAGAAACCGUGCCUGAACGGUGGAACCUGCUCGCUCAGAUCCCUCAAGUCCUACCAGUGCUCUUGUGCACCAGGAUAUACAGGGAUUCGUUGCGAGAAACAGGACCACUGCGCGUCGCAACCUUGCCGGAACGGGGCCGAGUGUACGUCUGUAGGGGAUUCCUACAAAUGCACAUGCGGUCCCGGUUUCACAGGAGCUUCGUGCAGAGAAGACAAAGAUGAAUGCAAACAGGAUCCAUGUCAUCGAGGCAAAUGUCAUAACACACAUGGAAGCUACACAUGUACCUGCGAGGAGGGUUACACGGGCCAAAAUUGCGAAAGCGAGUACAUCCCGUGCGAGCCGAGCCCGUGCCUGAACGGAGGCCAAUGUCGGCAGAGAGACAAACACACCUACACCUGCGAUUGUCCGUCCGGAUUUCGUGGUCAAAACUGCGAAGAGAACAUUGACGACUGUCCCGGUCACCAGUGCUUGAACGGCGGCACCUGCGUGGACGGCAUUAAUUCCUACACUUGCAAAUGUAAGUCCACCUACACCGGUCAAUUUUGUGAGCAGGACGUCGACGAAUGUUCGACGAGACCGUCCGUGUGCCAAAACGGCGCCACGUGCACCAACAGCAUCGGCAGUUUUUCUUGUAUAUGCGUGAACGGAUGGACGGGACCGGAUUGUUCGGUAAACAUCGACGACUGCGCAGGAGCCGCUUGUUUCAAUGGAGCCACGUGUAUCGAUAGGGUUGGGAGUUUUUACUGCAGGUGCACUGUGGGAAAAACAGGUCUUCUGUGCCACUUGGACGACGCCUGCACGAGUAACCCGUGUCACGCGGAUGCCAUUUGCGACACAAGUCCCAUAAACGGAUCGUACACAUGCAGUUGCGCCUCCGGGUAUAAGGGAACCGACUGUUCGGAAGACAUAGACGAAUGCGAACAAGGUUCUCCUUGCGAGCAUGAUGGAAUAUGCGUUAAUACACCUGGAAGUUUUGCCUGCAACUGUACUCAAGGCUUCACUGGUCCAAGAUGCGAAACCAAUGUCAACGAAUGUGAAUCACAUCCCUGUCAUAACGACGGAUCAUGUUUGGAUGAUCCUGGUACUUUCAGAUGUGUUUGCAUGCCAGGCUUCACUGGCACUCAAUGUGAAAUUGACAUCGACGAAUGCAAAGAUAAACCAUGCUUGAACGGAGGUAUCUGUCACGACCUUAUCAAUUCCUUCAAAUGUUCCUGCGCCACGGGUUUCACCGGAUCAAGAUGCCAAAUAAACAUAGACGACUGCCUAUCGAAUCCUUGCCGGAACGGAGGCGUCUGCCACGAUUCCAUAGCCGCGUAUACCUGUGAAUGUCCUCCCGGAUUCAACGGAUUAUCCUGCGAAACGAACAUCAAUGACUGCCUUUCUUCGCCUUGCUUGCACGGAGAGUGCAUCGAUGGGGAAAAUUCUUUCACUUGCACAUGUCAUCCCGGAUAUUCCGGUAACCUUUGUCAACAUCAAAUCAACGAGUGUGAGUCUAAUCCUUGUCAAUAUGGUGGUACGUGUCAAGAUUUGGUCAAUGGAUACCAGUGCCUCUGCAAACCUGGCACUUCGGGACCUAACUGUGAAAUCAACGUCAACGAAUGCCAUAGCAACCCUUGUAGGAACAGCGCCAGAUGCGUGGAUGGCAUUAACAGUGGUUACCCAUAUUAUGAUCCUUAUGUUUGCGAAUGCAUACCUGGAUAUACUGGAAGGCAUUGUGAGAAUGACAUAGAUGAAUGUUCAUCAAAUCCAUGUGCAAAUGGAGGGGUGUGCAUUGAUCUGGUUAACGGAUUUAGAUGUGAAUGUCCCAGAGGAUAUUUCGAUGCACGCUGCCUGAGCGACGUUGAUGAAUGUAAAUCUAAUCCCUGUAAACACGGAGGUAGUUGCGAAGACGGAGUCAAUCAAUUUAUUUGCCAUUGCUUGCCUGGGUAUGGAGGAAAGCAGUGCGAGAUCAAUAUUGAUGAAUGCGCCUCAAAUCCUUGCCAACAUGGUGGUAACUGUCGGGAUCAUCUUGCUUCCUAUACUUGCGAAUGCAUUCCUGGUUAUUCAGGAAUCAAUUGCGAAUACAACAUCGACGAUUGUGCUAUGAAUCCUUGCAAAAAUGGUGGCAGCUGCAUUGACCUGGUGAAUGAUUUCAAAUGUGUUUGUGAAGUACCUUUCACUGGAAGGGAAUGUCAAGAGAGAUUAGAUCCUUGUCAACCAAAUUUGUGUCAACACAACGCCAAAUGCACACCAAGUUCGAAUUUCAUGGACUUUGCCUGCACCUGCAGUGUAGGAUAUACCGGGAGAUUCUGCGAACAAGAUGUUGACGAAUGUGUUGUUUCGAAACCUUGCAGAAAUGGCGCUACUUGUAGAAACACCAAUGGAUCCUACAUGUGUAUUUGUAUGAGGGGUUAUCAAGGAAAAGACUGUGCCACCAACACUGAUGACUGUGCUUCAUCUCCCUGCCAGAAUGGAGGAACCUGUUUGGACGAGAUAGGACAGUUUUUGUGCCUUUGCGUUAAUGGAUUUGAAGGAAGGCAAUGCGAAAUAGAUAUAGAUGAAUGUUUUUCAAACCCUUGUCAAAAUGGAGCAACAUGUAACCAAUAUGUCAACUCAUACACUUGUACCUGUCCUCUAGGAUUCUCCGGUAUAAACUGUCAGACGAAUGAUGAAGACUGCACUGAAAGUAGCUGUAUGUAUGGAGGAACUUGUAUCGAUGGUAUCAACUCAUAUAUUUGCACAUGCAAGCCUGGCUACACUGGUUCUAAUUGUCAAAACAGAAUCAACCUAUGUGACAGUUCUCCGUGCUUGAAUGGCGCUACUUGUCAGGACCAUACAUCACAUUAUACCUGUCACUGUCCUUUCGGCUACACUGGAAAGAACUGUGGUGAAUAUGUCGAUUGGUGUGCAACAAAUCCUUGUGAGAACCACUCUACUUGUCAACAAGUCAAAAAUCAAUAUUCUUGUGUAUGUGGACCUGGCUGGACUGGAAAAGUAUGUGAUGUUGAAAUGGUUAGUUGCAAAGAUGCUGCAACAAAAAAAGGUGUUCCGUGGAAAUUACUGUGCAAUAAUGGAACUUGUGAAACAAUUGGAAAUUCACAUAGAUGUCACUGCAAGGAGGGAUAUACUGGGUCAUACUGCCAAAAAGAAAUAAAUGAAUGUGAAUCAGCUCCAUGUCAGAAUGGUGCGACCUGUAAGGAUUUGAUAGGUUCCUACAGUUGUAUAUGUCCUAAAGGAUUCCAAGGCCAAAAUUGUGAACUGAAUGUUGAUGAUUGCCAACCUAAUCCUUGCCAGAAUGGUGGUACUUGUCAUGACUUGGUUGACAGCUUUCUGUGUUCUUGUCCACCUGGAACUUUGGGUUACAUCUGUGAAAUAAAUAUAGAUGAUUGCCGACUCGAAUCUUGUCACAACAAUGGAACAUGUAUAGAUCGAGUGAGAGGAUUUGAUUGCAAAUGUCCGCCUGGAUUUGUUGGACCGCGAUGUGAAGGGGAUAUUAAUGAAUGUUUAUCAAAUCCUUGUUCCAAUCCGGGAACAUUAGACUGUGUUCAACUGGUGAACGACUAUCAGUGCAACUGUCGACCUGGUUAUAUAGGACACCAUUGCGAGCGCAAAGUAGAUAUAUGCGCGGGUAACCCUUGUGUUAAUGGAGGAGUAUGUAUUCCUACUCAUUCAGGUCAUAAAUGCACAUGUCCAGACGGUUUCUAUGGUACCAGAUGCGAGUUUAGUGGAUACGAUUGUGAUUCAGAUCCUUGCAAGAAUGGUGGAAUUUGCCGAAUAUCAGACGGAGGUGGUUAUGUUUGCGAUUGCCCACCUGAGACUACAGGCAUAAAUUGUGAGGUAGAUCUGAUAAACGAAUGCGAUAGCAAUCCCUGUUUACAUCCUGAUGCAGUUUGCCAGAAUAAAUUAGGUGACUACAUUUGCUACUGUCCAGCUAGACACAUUGGUAAAAAUUGCGAGAUUUAUGAUCGUACCGCUCCAGCAGGAAUCGGAAAACCCAUCAGGCCAUCUCAAGACUUCAAAAGCUUUUACGAAAAAGAUCUAGAAAAACAGCGUCAGCAGUGCCUGAUGAACAAAUGCCCAAUGAAAAGAGGAGACAUGGUGUGUGAUGAAGAGUGUAACACUUAUGCUUGUGAUUUCGAUGGUCAAGAUUGUUCACUAGGAAUCAAUCCUUAUGCGAACUGUACAGCUCCUACUAAAUGUUGGCAGGUGUUUGGAGACGGCAAAUGCAAUGAGGACUGUAAUAAUGCCCAGUGCCUUUUUGAUGGAAGAGAUUGCGAAAAGAAACUUCAAGCCUGUAAUCCAAUCUAUGAUGCUUACUGUCAAAAACAUUAUGCAAAUGGAUAUUGCGAUUAUGGUUGUAAUAAUGCCGAAUGUAAUUGGGAUGGUUUGGAUUGUGAAAACGAACCGCCAAAUUUAGCAGAUGGUGUUAUAUCCAUGAUUAUUUUAAUGGAUAUGGAAGGCUUCAAGAAAAACCUGGUUGCUUUUUUAAGAGAUACUAGUCAUCAGCUGAGAACUAUAUUGGUGGUAAAGAAAGACCAGCUAGGAAAUGACAUGAUUUAUCCUUGGAUGGGCACUGCACCAACAAACAGCCUACAGGACUACAAUUUCAAGCAGAAACACCAUAUAGUUUAUUCGGAGCAAACCCAAACAGGUGUUAAAGUAUACCUUGAAAUUGAUAACAGAAAAUGUUCGACAAUAAACGAAAACCUGGAAAACUGUUUCCAAACAGCUAGUGCUGCUGCUGAAUUUUUGGCAGCUAAGGCAUCGAAACAUACUCUGUCAUCAACUUUUCCCAUCUAUCAGGUGAAUGGUUCAAAUGGAUUAGAUGAAGAUGAAAAUCCACCGGCCAAUGCGAAAUAUGUUUUGAUAGGUGUUUUGUUGGUAAUUGUUUUGUGCUCGGUCGUGUUUUUGAUCGUACAGACUCAAAGAAAACGAGCGGCUGGUAUAACUUGGUUUCCUGAAGGAUUUUUAAGAACCAACUCUGGAACCAGAAGAAGAUCUCGUAGGCGCGGUCCAGAAGGUCAGGAACUCCGAAAUCUUAGUAAAAACCCAUCGAUACCUGGAAUGGAAGUCGAUCCCAACAGUCAUCAUGGUCACAUUCCCCAAUGGUCAGAUGAUGAAAGCGAUAUGCCACAGCCUAAACGUUUCAGAGGCAACGACUUGGGAUAUUCCAGUGAUCACACGGUUAUCACAGAAUACGAAGAAGCUGCCGAGCCUCGUUGGACACAGCAACAUCUCGAUGCCGCUGAUAUAAGGCCUGUUGCUAUGCUGACGCCACCUCAAGGAAAUGAACAUGUAGACAUAAAUGCAAGAGGACCUUGCGGAAUGACUCCCAUCAUGGUUGCGGCGGUUAGAGGCGGCGGAAUGGAUACCGGCAUCGACGAAGACGAGGACGAUGGAGCAGGAGCUAUUAUACAAGACUUGGUGGCACAAGGGGCAGAGCUGAACGCUACCAUGGACAAGACAGGGGAGACAUCUCUUCAUCUAGCGGCCAGAUAUGCCAGAGCAGAUGCCGCAAAGAGGCUUCUAGAUGCAGGAGCAGAUGCUAAUGCUCAAGACAACACUGGAAGGACACCUCUUCACGCAGCUGUUGCUGCUGAUGCUCUUGGAGUAUUCCAGAUUUUGUUAAGGAACAGAGCCACCAAUCUCAAUGCUAGAAUGCACGAGGGCACUACACCCUUGAUUCUUGCAGCACGUCUAGCUAUUGAAGGAAUGGUACAGGAUCUCAUAAGUGCCGAAGCUGAUAUCAAUGCUGCAGAUAACUCAGGAAAAACCGCUCUCCAUUGGGCUGCAGCCGUUAACAAUGUAGAAGCUGUUAAUAUUUUAUUAUCUAAUGGAGCGAACAGAGAUGCUCAAGAUGAUAAGGAUGAAACACCACUGUUCCUAGCUGCUCGUGAAGGUUCAUAUCAGGCUUGUAAGGCUUUACUGGAAGCUUAUGCAAACAGAGAAAUCACUGACCACAUGGAUAGACUACCCCGAGAUGUCGCAAGUGAAAGACUGCACCAUGAUAUUGUGCGACUGUUAGACGAACAUGUCCCCAGGAGUCCACAAAUGGUCAACGUCAUUCCCAAUAAUAAUAUGAUGACAUCGCCUACUGGUCACAUGUUGCAACAACCAACAGUUAUUGUUCCUAAGAGGCAGAAAUCCAAGAGGCCUAGUAAAAAUAGCAGUCCUACAAGUCCAGAAGGUGAUGCAAUACCUAAUCCCGGAAGUAUACGUCGGAAAGCCAGUGUUAAAAAGAACAACAAUAAUAAUAACAAGAAGACUUCUCAACACAAUGAAGUUCCCCAAAGUGUAGAUUCUAUAACUUCCACUCUCAGUCCAGUUGAGUCUCCCAUGACAAAUCUGCCCAGUCCAUAUGAUGCGACAUCACUGUACACUAACAUGAGUUUACAAAGUCUCAUGGGUAACAAACAACCUCCUCCCUACGAAGAUGCUAUGAAAAACCCGCAAAAUAAUCAUGCUUUCACUUUGGACAAUAAUUAUAGUGCCUUUAAUAUAUUUCCAGACCCAGUGUUGAUGCAACAACGGCAAAUGCAAGCUAAUACACUCAGUCCCCCAUAUUCCAACCAGUCUCCCCCUCAUUCGGUUCAAUCAAACAUGUCUCUGUCUCCCCAGGGGUAUAACGGUUCGCCAUCUCCGGCAAAAAACCGACCUUCCCUUCCCACCAGUCCUACACAUAUUGCUGCUAUGAGAGCAGCAACACAACAAAAACACGGCGGCGUUCCUCAAACACAAAUUCUCCAGAUGGGCUUUGACUUCAGUCAGACAGGACUUGAUCUUCCCAUGACCUAUUCUGGUUUAACGAGUACCACUCCAGCGUCGUUGCACCCCCAACAAUUUCAACAUCAGAACUAUUAUUUAACACCCCCUUCUCAACAUACCGACCAUUUACUACCCGAUAAUUUUCCCACUCCUAGCCCAGAGAGUCCUGGACAUUGGUCAUCAAGUUCACCGCGGUCAUGCAACUCGGAUUGGUCGGAAAACAUAGCCAGUCCGAAUACUUAUGUGUCCUCAGGACAUCAGACCAACAAAGGCUCCGAUGCUAUAUAUAUUUAAGUGUUGGACACGAGUUGUGAUCUUGUUAUAUCUCGAUUGAGAUGUUUUGCACAAAAUGACAGGCCGCACUCAAAUAAUGUGAAACCUUUUGGGAAGUUUUUUUUAUUCUCACAAUUUCAUGGUAUUGCACACAAUUUUUCAAAAUCUCAAAUAUUUUAUAUUCAAUUCAAAUUUCAUAACAUAAUUGAAAGUAAAUUGCUUUAAUACCAAAAUACAUUCCAUAUUUCAUGUUCGUGUUCAGCAUGUGAGAUAAAAUAAACAAAAUUUUCUAAUGGAUUUUAGCAAGACAGGUUAUUCAUGAAUAUUUUGGAAAUAAGUUAAAUGUUGUUGCAGUUAAUGUAUUGAAAACUCAGGGUGAUUCAAAAGGAAAGAAGUGUGAUCCUAAUUUUUUUAUAGUAUGCACAGUUCAAAACUAUUUUCUAACUGCCAGAAAUAAUUAAAGAAUAAUACCUACUCGUAAAUAUGGCAUUUGAACUAUUAUUUUGAACAAAAUUCAUUGUGUUCAAUACUAGUGACAGAAUUUCAAAAGUGAAUAUCGCACAACUACAAAGUAAAACACACUAUUGCCAGUAAUUAGUAUGUGUCAAAACCAUAUUCUGAUAAGUUUUUUUUAUCAACAUUUUUAUAUAUUAUUUAUUUUUCAUAAUUUCUGAGUUUUAACUGUAUAUUUCAGUUACUAAAAUUCCUGGUUCAUGACAACUCCGGAGUUUUGAAUCAAUAUCCUGUCCUAUUCUUUUAUGCAAUUUUAUGUUUCUGUAUGUUACAAUGAUAGGAAGUUAUCAAUCGUUAUCCCAAAAUGUUGAUUUCAGUUUCUCAAUUUUUUGUUCAAAAUUGGUAUUUUAAUUUCUGUAUUUAGAAGAAGAAUAUACCUGUCAAUAUAAUCUUCAUUAUAUAAAAAUUAAAAAGUUUUGCAUCGAUUGAGUGCGGCACAAUGUAAUAAGUGGUCUCAUUUUUAGUAAGUGCCUAUCGAUUGAAGGCUAAUGUACUAAGUUACAGUACUGCCAACAUCCAUUUGGACCAAUCAAAUAUCCAAAAAUCUUACUCUUGUGCCUUGAUAUGCCUUGUUAUUUUGAAUGUGUUUGUAAUAUUAUAUAGAAUACAUAAAUUCAUUUUGUACAUAUCUUAGUAUAUUAUUGUUAGAUUAGUGUUACAUUGAUCCAACAAGUAUUUCACUAUUUAAAUUUAUAUGUUUGCAAAGAAACAUUUUAUUUAUUAUAUUUCUUCAACAAAUGAGUAUAUUUUCCUUCUUUCUGAAAUCCUUGUAAUAUCUGUUAUUGAUAAAUGCAAACAUAUGAAUUUUCUUCUUGGUAUUAAUUUAAUUACUCAAAAUUCAUGACAUUUUUUUGUAAUUUUACUGGUAGAUUAGUUCAGUCUCUCUAUUUUUCCUUGUAUUUUUGUGCAGAAAUUUAAAAUUCGUAAGGUUUUAUUUUACGAGUCUGUGAUUCAAAUGUAAUUAUAACAACAAUUUGACAAUAUCGUAUGACGUUAGUGAUAUUAAGAAUAAAUUAAAAUCAUAUUUUUGAUAAUUUUUAUAUAAAAAACGCACAUUCCACCUUUUGGAUUGAAAAAAUGUCUUUUAAUUGUUAUACAGUUCAUAUAGACAAACGUAUGCAGUAGAAACGUGAUUUAGGAGUUAAUAUAUCUUUCAUCUUGAAGAAUCUCAGAAAUAAAGAUACUAACGCCGUAAUUGCUGUUCUAUAAUGUAUGUUACACUUUGUGUAUAUUAAAAAAUCAGUUGGUAGUAGAUCAUAUAUUUAUAAUUAUAUAUUCCUAUUGAAAUCAGCUGAUUUUUAUUGUAAAAAGUACUGAUUAGAUAUUUUAUGGUAAUGAUCAUGAUUUUGAUAAUUAGUUUUUGUUUUAGCAAAUGCUGCUAUCCAGUUAUCAGCAGUUGCUUUUUCAUCUUUUAUUUUAGUUUAAGA